CUCCCCUUGCUGUGCCGUCCGUGAGGUUGGAAGAGUGGUCGGGAUAGACGUCGCUGGUCGUCGACCAAGUCGGUUCGGGCGGUGUUUGUGUUGGCUGUGUCUGUCGUUACUGUCACGUCACACACCUGGAGUGUACUUUACCUGCUGAUUACCUGUCAGGUACCAUCAAUAGGCGGCGUUCUUUCAUCUGUCAGUGGACCAGGAUACCACAAUGAGGGCGAACAGCGUCUCCUGUAUCAGGAACAUGCUGGGUAGGGGUGCAUCGUCCCCUCCUCCGACAAGCUACGAUGGCGAGAUUCCGAUCUGAGCUCCACAUUCCGAUAAAGAAAGAUGAUCUGAACUUCCAGGACCGACAGAUCAGUCUGUGGACCGACAUGGAGAGCAGGAUGGAACAGCGGAGGAAAGAAUGGGAAAAUGAGUUCGAGAAGAUGCGCCAUGACUUCUUCACUCUUAAACCCUCAGAAAAGAGGGCUAGCAUUAUUCAAAUGGACAAUAACAAAACAUUGUUUGAAACGGACAGUGAGGGACGACAAAAGUUCAAGGUCAGAUUUGACGUUAGCGAGUUCAAGGCUGAAGAGAUACAAGUCAAAGUUCAGCAAUCAAAGAUCAUUGUGAACGCCCGCCACGAGGAGAAGACCUCCAACUCGACGGUGAGUCGGGAGUACAGCCGCCAGGUGGACAUUCCCAGCCAGGUCGACCCCGACAAGCUUCAGUGUCUUCUCAGUAAGGACGGCAUACUGAGUAUUGAGGGACCAGUGCAGAACUUGCUGCAAAGGGAAGUAAUGCUUCCUAUCCAGAGCGACACCACGUCAAAGCCACUAGGUGUCGCCACACCCGUCAAGAAUCCUAUCAUAACGGAAGCGGACGGGUCGAGGAGACUUCGGCUUCAGGUGGACGUCGGGGAGUUCAAUCCCGAGGACAUUGUUGUCAAAACUAUGGACAAGAAGCUGAUUGUCCACGCCGAGCGACAAGAGAAGAUGACGAACCGGACACUACAUAAGGAGUUUAAUAAAGAAUACGAUCUUCCAGACAGCGUGGACCCUACAACCAUCACGGCCUAUAUAGCAGAGGACAAACAGCUGACGAUAGAAGCGCCCCUCAAGCCCCUCCAGACACAGCGGAAGUCGUAUGCCGUUACCCAGAGCUCUAAUGUAAGGAAAGUGUCUGUUACCAAGGAUUCGGCCGUCACGAUCACGGACAGCCAGGACAGACCAAUGGUGACCAUCAGCGUGCACAGGAGAUAGGCGGGUCACGUGGCCGCACAUUUUGAUGACGUUACACAUUUACGGUUCUGCUGUUAAGCUAUGGAUAUAUCGUCUGUAGACCCCUGGAGGUGUAGAUGUUUCCAGUGGCGAUGACGUCAUAAAGCUUUCAUUCUCAUCACGUGAUGUCAUCACGCGAGAUGUCAUGGAGACAUUGUUGACAAGUUCACGACUGCUUCCGAUGCAUGUUCGAUAUCACCAGACAAGCUUUCCGAUUCAAUCCGAUGAUGGCCGAUUCUUUCAAUAUUGGUCCUUAAAUAUCUCGGACCACAGAACGUGCUUAUUCUGUGCAAACGGAGCGCAUAUAUUCGUCAAGUAGAGAGAAGGUGGGGUGUACGCUGCGUCCAAGGACAGUCAAUGUGCUUCUGUGAGAGUUAUGUCCCGUGUGAGACCCCGAGUGGCCCCGUGCAAUAUGGUCACCGAGACCUGACCCUUGAUCAAGUAUAACAUCCACAAUUCUAAUGAAUUUCCCAGAAUUCCAAGUGUGACUAAGGAGUACUGCUUCCGGUAACAGCAGCAGCAACAGCGAGUCGUGUGCUUGUGAUACGACAACGUUUCUGGAUGUAGAUAUAGAUAGUUUGCCCAUGCUUUCCUUUGACAUGAAACACUGUGCCUCAGUGUUGUGGUAUAGCUGUUGGUAAAGCUCUAGCUUCGGACAUCGCCUGUAACUUACUAGAUAUGUAUAUAGAGAUAGGCUAUUUAUUCAACUUGUUUAAGCAUAUUUUGUUGAUUUUUAGAACUGUGAUAGUUUCUAGUCUGUGUAUAUUUGAGGCACACAGGUAUAAUGUUCUCAGUGGUGCUUGCCAAUCAAUAUGGUAUAAACUGUAUACUGUAUGUUAUCAGGGGAUGUCUAUUACUCUGACUCACUCACUCUAAGUGUCCGUCUGUCUGUCCGUCCGUCCGUCUGUCGACAAGCAUCUGCCAUGAUGUAUGAAGGUUUGGUUCAGAGUGUCAGUUACUGCACAGCUAUAUUUGUCUAGGCAACCUCCAGAUACGAGAUAGUUAGUCUGUAUUACCCUUCGUCACAAAGUAAACUAUCCAUAAAACCAUAAGAAAUCCGAAAUUGUGUGAUUAGUAUCGGCACUUGUGAAAUCCAAGACGAAUUUGUAACCUCACAUAGUAAAUACACCAUAGCAAGCCCUUAUCCCAGACUGGUUAUAGUACUGUUGUCUAGGCGGGAAGGGAACCGCCGUAGCUAGAUAACCAGUGACUCUCCUGUUAUGCCAGGAAUCUCGUGGCGUCAUCGCUGAAUGAAAGAUGGAUAACCAAAAUAGAAUAAUCUGUUUCAAGUUUAGUUAUCUUUUUAAGCAUUAUAUCUUCCCCCUGGCAACCCGAGCCGCAGACGUGAUCUAUUUCGGUUGAAUGUGUCGGUUAUGUAUGGAGGUUUGCAUGUUUGGGGGGUCAGGACUAACACUACUGGGAUAGAGGAUGGUGGGGGAUUGCCCCAUAACAUCUGUCGGGGUAUCUCGGGAACGAAUCAUUCACAAUGUGCAUAAAUAUCUUUGAACUUCAGGUGCAGGCCUCCAUCCUAUAUAAGCGUGUAUAGAUUCCACUCUGCAGAUUCUCUACUACUAUAGUCCUGGCUCCAAUCUACUGUGCUUAGUGGUUAUCAGUCUCAGACUGUCAAUUUAGUCAGACCUUAACUGUCCCCGCAGUCAGACUUAAACUGU